AAUGGAACAUAUGUAAGGGAAUUACCUGGCCCUUCACCCGGUUUUUUCUCUUGUGAGGGAGUCGUGAAUUUGAACGGCGCCAACCAAGAGCGAUGCCAGCGACGACCAACGUGAAUCCGUGGAAGCGGUGCGAACUCCCGAUCCUGGGCAUCGCCAAGAACAGUGCGUCGACGUGCCAAGCCUGUCGCGACGCGAUUCAGACCGGUAGCAUCCGCGUCGGGAUCAUCUUUCACCACGUGAACGGCAACAUUGGGAUCGACUGGCACCACUUGACGUGCUGCGAAACACCCGCGACGUUGCCGGAAGUCGAAGGGUAUGAACUGCUGGGGGACCAAGAGAAGGAAGUUUUGCACCACUGGAUCCAGUCGUGUGUGUGAUGAUCGGCGCCUCCGUCGUUGAAAGUAUUUAUCGUCCGCCCCCUCGUCAUCGUGCGAUGUCGGCAGCAGACUCGCGCGCGUCCAUCUCUAAUCGUAACUUAUCUCCACGUUUCUUCGCGGUCAAUGGCGUUUGCGUUGGUGCGAUGUGGUCGACAUCGUGUGACAUGAGCACAGUCGAGCUCAGCCGGUAGACAUGGAGCCUGCCGUUCUCCAUCACGUUGUUGAACGUUUUUCGAGCUUCCAGUCGGUGCUGGAGUCGUCGAAGCGCUCUCAACGACUCUUCUCGGUCAUUCCGCACCCUCCGCACCAUGCCAUUCCCCUCCCUUCUCGUGUAGCCACGAUGCCGGUGAUCGCCGUGGCGACAUCUUUCGACGGCGGCGCAAUGCCAACGAUACAACGUGAUCCCUCGGAUUACUCGUGGACUUUG